GAAGUCCUCGCCAGUUUCUUUACUCUUCUCGUUGGGAACGACGUGUUCAUCAGCACAAAUCCCCCCAAAAUUCCAUGGUCCUUUAGACGUCCCACAGCGGACGAGAACCACAGUAUCUAUCCUUAUCUUGACUGGAGAGUAAGAAGGAUAUACGUUCUAUGUCAAGUGGAGUCUCUAUAUCCGAGUAUGGUCUUGCCAGAGCUUCUCUACCGUUAAAGGACACCCCAUGAAUCCCUAAAUAGAGAACAUCCCUCUGGGCAUUCCCCGUUCAGAGUUCUUGCUGCUCAAUUAAAUGCACAGACCUAUGCUGACAUUCUCCUCCCAGCGGCGUCAAGCCGUCAACGACCUCACCAACCCCAACUUCGCAGCCCACGAUCCUGCCUCCUCCGCGGCUCCCGCGCGCCCUGACCCAGACGCACGAGAACAUCUACACGCUGCCCAACGCGCUGACGUUCUCGCGGCUCCUCGCGGCGCCGCUGGUCGGGUACUUCGUGCUGCAGCACGAGGCUCUGCUGGCGCUGGGGCUGUUCGCGUACGCGGGCAUCACGGACCUGGUCGACGGGUGGCUGGCGCGGCGGUUCCACUCGCAGACGGUGGUGGGCACGGUGAUCGACCCGAUGGCGGACAAGAUCCUGAUGACGACGUGCGUGGUGACGCUGACGGCCAACGGCACGCUGCCUGUGUGGCUGGCCGUGGUCGUGCUGGGCCGCGACGUCGCCCUGGCCAUCUCGGCCAUCUACUUCCGUUGGAUCUCCCUGCCCCCGCCCAAGACCUUCACCCGCUUCUGGGACUUCUCGCUCCCCUCGGCCGAGGUCCACCCCACCGAGAUCUCCAAGAUCAACACCCUGCUGCAGCUGUUGCUGGUCGGCAACGCCAUGUUGCUCCCCGUCCUGCCCGCCUGGUUGGUCGACGCGGGGAACCUUUGGGGCGUCAUGGAAGGUUGGUACUACCUUGUGGCAGGCACGACGGUGUGGAGCGGACUGAGCUACUUGGGCAAUAAACAGGCUGUGAGGAUAUUGACGAAGGAGGAACAGGGAGAAAAGGAAAACCAGAAGGGUGGAAAAGAGGAAGGGAAGAAUUGAGCUGGAGCAUAGAUCGGGAGCGCGAGAAGACGUUAAAAAAGACCUUCAGCAUCGUCAUGAAGGGUAAGAUCAUGUGUAUUAGUCGCACAUCCGUGCUUGUACCAUCACACUUUAUCAAAGGACUGUCCGGUAUCGAGAACAUCUUUGCUCGUCCGUACUACGAUCUCAACUCGGGCUGCCUUCACUCCACAGCAUUUUC